UCUCUCAUAGAUCAUAGCAUUCAUUUUGUUGUUUCUAUUUUUAGUGAAAGAGUAGUUGAUGGCACAUAACACAGUGUUCGAAGAUGGUAAUAAUGCUGGAGAAGGAAACAAGAGCUCACAUACCGGAACAACAAACUCCACUCCUCCUUUUACCAGGGCCAUAAGGGAUGUCGUGUCUCUCUGCAAACUCCGGCGGAUUCUACUGGCUUUGUUUCCUAAUUUUCCGGUGGUGGCUGAGUUUGACUUUGACUUGGAACUUAUUUUUACUGCUCGGAACAGGAAUUCCCAGAAGAAAAUCCAUCCUUCUGAACGAAAAUGUUUACUUUUAAAUUUCUCACACAAGAUAGCCCCAGUGGUAUUUACUGGAGAGUGUAUCUUUCCCCAAGGAACCAAGUUGGAAUUGGUUGAUGCUGUUACAGGACAACAAGUGAGACAUGGACCUCUUGCCUCUACACAAGUUGAAAUAUUUCUACUUAAUGGUGACGAAAAUCGGACAAUUCAGGAACUAAACAGUUAUAUUAUGAUGCAAAAAAGAGGUGGAAAAUCAGGGCGCCGCAAAAAUUCAUAUCUGAGGUUGCAAGGAGGCGUUGUUUCUGUUGGUGAAGUUAGAUUCAAACACACUCCAAAGCAUAUGAAGAAGUUGAAGGUGGUAAGGCUAGGAGCAAGGGUUGUCGAACAACCUGAAGAAAUUAAAGUGAUAGAGGCCGGGACAGGAACCUUCACUGUCAAGGAUAAACGUUUAAGAAGCAAGAAGCGGUACCCACCAUCACCAACUGAUGAUGUAUGGAGACUAGAGCAGAUUUCCAGAGAUGGUGCUUUCCAUAGCCGGUUGACUGAAAAUGGUAUCAAAACUGUGAAGGAUUUCCUAAUUGAACUCCUUAACAAUCCUGAGAGGCUACGCCAUAUCCUUGGCAAAAGCAUGUCCCGUGAUUCAUGGAAUACCGCUACAAGGCAUGCGAUGACGUGCAAUCUUGAUGGAAGAACAUACUUGUAUUAUCAUAUGGUGACAGAACAAAAAGCUGUAGUGGUGUUUAAUGUUGUGGGCCAGGUGAUAUGGUUGGACUCAGGAUGCGGUUUACAUCAUUUCAACACACUUUCUGAAUCUCAGAAGGCGCAUGCACGCGAGUUAGUGGAAACUGCAUUUGCAAACUGGGAAAAUGUCCUAAAAUUUGAUAGCGAGAUUUCUAUCAUGGAUCACUUAUCAUCGUCCAAACUUUCCCCAUCAUCCUAUCCCGCGGUUGAUGAUUUCCAGCAUACUGAACUUCAACUUACUUCGAAGUCACAUUUGAUUCAGCAAACUGCUGAAAGUAACCAGUGGGUAGUCAAAGCUGAAUGUUCUACUUCUAAUGCAAUUGCUGACCUACAAUCAGAGUCAGAUGAGAUGUCUCUUGCUAUCACUUCUCCUGGCCAUUCAGGUUUAAGUACCUGGGGUUAUCUGGGAUCCCCCAACGAUAUCACAUCUGUGAUUUCAGAUUCAGGAGAUUUGGAGAAAAUUAUGCAAUUUCUUAGUUCUGAUGCAAUUAGACUUGAGGAUUCCCCAAAUGGAGAGCUUGGCCAGGCCUACUACUCUGCUUACGAAACAAGUUCCACGCAGUUUAAUGGAUUGCAACAUGAUGAGAGUAUGGAUCUUUCCCAAAACCAAUUCACCCACUUGAUGAUUUCUGAAGAUAUGCAUACUGUCAUCCAUGAAGAUGGCACAAAUGCUAAUCAAUGGCGCGGAAUGAAUGAUGUCUCGAUGGUUCCAGUGGCCUCUAUGUGCAAAGGCAAGUCCAAGAAGAGCUGGACCAAGAUAUCUAGCAUACUGAAAUGGUUCUUAUUGAAGAAGUCAGUUAAAUUGAAAAACAUCUGUAUUACCAGGAAGCAGAAAUUUUCAAGAUAAGCCACAGGGAAAGCAAGAACCACUGGCUCUGUCCCAUUUAGCUCCGGUGGAGAUCGAUCAGCAGUCCUUAAAGUUUUAUACCGUGUGAUGCUUUUAGUUCAUUGUUGCAAUUAGUGUGAGUGUGAUUUUUAUGAAUAAUAACAAGUAUGAACUCUUUGACGAGUUUGAAUUGUUGGAACUUAUGAAAAAUGUAAUGAUUAUUAUUAUUAUUAUUAUUAUUAUG